AUGAGGAUAUUUCUUUUAACCGCGUGCUUGGCAUGCAUUGCAACUGCGGACGAGUUGGCGGGUGCAAGGAAUCAAGUAAAGAGAUUUAUUAGUAGCCAGCUGAGUGACUCCAUCAUCAACAAGGGAGUUCAGUCGCUGUACAAGAGCGCUUUGGCUGGAGAUAGCUAUGACACCGCGUGUACUAGUGAGUCCGAUUGAUUUGCGAUGAAUUAACGGCAUUACAACUUUUCGGGUCAACGACAGUUCGGGUCGACGAUACCUUGGGACCUUGGGUUGCCUAGAUUUCUCGUUGUCUGCAUGGGGAGGCUACCAGAAGGCUUUGUUUAUGGAAAUACAAAUAUUUUAGGUAAAUUGCUGUAAUAAUAUUCAAAUAAAACUUCUUAAGGAUCUUUAUCUUUUGGGCUCAAUUUGGUUUGUUAUAUCUUAUAGUAACUCAGGGUAAAGAAAACUAAGGUUAGUAAUAGAUAAAAUCAUAAAAAUUGGUCAUACUGUUAGUCUUCCUCAAGUCUCCGCCGAGCCUUCGCUGAGCGUCCGCCGACCAUCCCAUCCAGCGGCUUUGCCAGACCUCGUAGGCGUUUCCUACAACAUUUUCUUGGCCCCUACGCCUAGUAUCGAGUUUUAUUUGUUGACCUGAACUGUCUCUGACCCGAAAAGUAUAGAUUUGCGGUACUAACUAAGCUUACAUCCCUCGCAAAUUUUUUGUUUACAGAUCUCAAAACCGCCGUCAAAAGCGAGUUCUUCUCACAGACCAAGCUCAUCAGUGCGUUGAUGACGUUGCGUGAGCACCUCUCGGACACUGACGCUUUCCUGGAUGUUGCCAAACACUCGCUUCGGAAGAAGGCCGCACCUUUUUACAAUAAGGUACGGAGAGUAAAAUGCGCAUAUUACUGACCAAUUUAGGUGAAGAAGAUCAAGCCAAAGACGUUGAAGGCUUACAAUAAGAUCUUUGUGAAGGUAGGUCGAUGAACUAUCUAAACCUAACCAAUCUUUAGAUGAUAAACAAGAGGAUGGUGAAAGCCGUAGCCACGCUGGUAAAGAGGUCCUCUUCGGCCAAGGACUGGAAAUACUUUGUCGACGAUCUUUACAACGUCGCGGAGUUCAAGACACUUGGAAUUGCCAGGGUCAACUAA